AUGGGUAGAUAUCUGAUGCUCGAGCAGAAAUUGAAGAACGGAACCUUCAUCAUUCCCAGGACCGGCGAACGAUCGAGGUCAGAAUUCUCGUUAAGUACAUCUACCAACGCAGUAGUUGCAGACGAUGUCAACAAGAAACCGAAAUACCAAUCCUUCGAGGCCGCUGAAUCCUUUGGUGACCGUGUCCACAUUGUUGCACAUAACGUCAAGACUGCAUUCAUCUUGGUAUGGCUGUGGCUACAUACUGAAGAAGGCCAUGGAGUUCUCAAGUGUACACUUGCCUACCCUUUCUUGGCAACAGAGAUGGAAAGCAUGUCUCUGCUACCAUUACCGUUUACUUUCACCCAGCACGAACCGUUGGCUCUAUGCUUGAGGCAACUGUUAUAG